UGUCGAUAAAAAUUCUAUUAAUAAAUUUAAGAUUUAAUUGCAGCGAUAAAUGUAAAUAAUAAUAAUAAUUUCGAAAGUUAAAAUUACUGAUAACAUUUUAGGUGACGAAAAUUUUUUAAACGUUCAAACCAGUUUAUUUUCUAUCAGUUUAGAAUAACAAUGGAAUUUACGUUGUAUCGAGUUUUAAAAUCUUAAAUGUAAGCGCAUAUUUUCCUGGGGUAUUUUUUUUACCUGCUUUAUUUUGAAUUUCGUUCACUCUACAUUGAGUUUUUGAUCUGAGUGGACCAGAAGAGAGUGAUCUUAGUUGAAUUAAUAUUUUUUUGAAAUUUUAUUUAGUUACUUUUUAUAUAACUAUUCAAAUCAAUAGUAAUAAAUUUUUAUUGCUAAAUAAUUACAUAGGAGUGUAAAUAAUAUAAAAAGUGUAUACGUUAAGUAACAUUUAAAUUUAAAAAUAUAAAUAUGCAUUUAAAACGCUCGUGUCAACGAUUAUUCGGUAGAUCGAAAAAUUACAGCUCGUGUAGUACAACCGGUUUUAAAUUAAAUCCUCGUCCGUUUCAGGAUAUUCCUGGACCAAAAUCACUGCCCAUUAUUGGGACAUUAUACAAAUACUUUCCUUACAUAGGUGAACAUAAUUUUGAUAAAUUACAUAAAAACGGUUUAAAAAAAUUAAAUAAGUAUGGGCCGUUGGUAAAAGAAGAAAUAAUACCUGGUGUUAAUAUUAUUUGGGUCUAUCGACCGGAAGAUAUUGCUGAAAUAUUUAAAUCUGAAAGUGGAAAACAUCCAGAACGGCACAGUCAUUUAGCACUUUUAAAGUAUAGGAAAGACAGAAGUGAUGUUUAUAAUUCUGGAGGUCUUUUACCGACAAAUGGCUCAGAGUGGUGGAGAAUAAGGAAAGAGUUUCAAAAAGCUUUAAGUAAACCACAAAAUAUCGUUAAUUACAUUAAUGUAAUUGAUGAUGUUAUAAGACAAUUUGUUAAAUUAUGCGGGGAUAAAAAAUACGAUGACCUUUUACCAUUAAUAUCACGUCUUUUUCUUGAAUUAACAUGUUUAGUUGCAUUUGACGUAUCGAUGAACAGUUUUUCCGACGCUGAAAUGAGAGAAGAUUCUCGUAGUUCUAAAUUGAUUGACGCGGCAUUGACUAGUAACAGCGCAAUAUUAAAACUAGACAAUGGAUUGCAGCUUUGGAGAUAUGUUAAUACUCCGCUGUAUAAAAAAUUGUAUGCGAGUCAAAAGUUUAUGGAAGAAGUUGCCAUUGAUUUGGUGAAUAAAAAAAUAAAUGACAUGAAGAGUAAGCCUGCGUUUGAAAAUGAAUCUUUGUUAGAAAUUUAUCUUAAAAAUGAAAAUUUAGACGUGAAAGACGUCGUGGGAAUGGCUUGCGAUAUGUUACUAGCUGGAGUUGAUACAACGAGUUACAGCGUUGCCUUUGGACUUUAUCACUUGGCAAAAAAUCUUAAUGCACAAGAAAAACUUCAGAGCGAAGCUUCGAGGCUUCUCCCCAACGAUGAUCCGAUAACCGCAACUACACUGCGAGGUGCCACUUACACCAAGGCUGUAAUUAAAGAAACUUUUCGUAUGAACCCAAUAUCUGUUGGUGUCGGACGCAUUUUAGCGGUGGAUACUAUUCUGAAUAAUUACCACGUACCCGCUGGAACAGUUGUGGUCACACAAAAUCAAGUAACUUGUCGUUUACCAGAAUAUUUUAAUGAUCCAGAUUCAUUCAUACCCGAAAGGUGGUUACGGUUAAAUAUGAAUAAAACAAAUACUGAAGUCUCUGUACAUCCUUAUUUGGUUUUACCAUUCGGUCAUGGUCCUAGAUCAUGCAUUGCACGCAGACUAGCUGAACAAAAUAUUCAAAUGGUCUUCUUACGGGUAAAAAAGAAAAAAUUAAAAAUUACAAUACUACAAAAAAAUAUAUAUCUGAAGAUCCGGAUGUUUUCCGUGCAACGAAAAUUAAAAAAUUUCGACUGUCUAAGGAGUAGUUUCGGGGAUGGGCCUAAGAUUUUCGGCUGAUACCAGCAUUUAUCGGCAGUGUUACAAUUUUACUCACUCACAACUUUACUCAGCCUCAACUCACAGUUUUUUUUUAUUCAGAUUUAACUCUACUCGGUUAUAUAUCUUUACGCAACUUCAACUAGAAUCAGCGACAACUUUACUCACGUAUUUUAGCCUAUCGAUAAAAUAGCGAUUCUUUGUGAGUAGAGUUGUAGCUAUUUUUCUUGAGUACAGAUGUUGUGAGUAGAAUUAAAACACUGCCAAAUGGGCAUUCAUCUGCGAAACAUUUCAGAAAUCUAGUCAUCCAGUACAAUUUUUACUUUUCAAUUUUUUUGCGCGAAAAAUGUUCUGAUUUUCAGGAACAUAAAAAAAUUUACUAAAUAAUUUUUUUUGUUUAGUUAUGUAGAAAAUAUAAUUUAAAAUGGGAUGGAGGAUUACUUGACAACGUAUCACUGUUAAUAAAUAAACCAGAUUUACCAAUUAAAAUUCAA